AUGGGAAUUGAGAGCGGUGCUUUGCAAGAGCGCCUCGAGAGGUGGGCUCAACGGCUGAAGAAUCUAACCAUCUCACCGCUCACGCGAGACUAUCCCGAAUCCACGUCGACAGGGUCCUCCAAACGAGCAAUUGAAGCGUUCGAGUCGUUGAAACUCUCCUCGGACGAGCAGUUAGCUGUGAAGAAACUAUGUAAAUCCAAGGAGUCGACAUUUCUCGUUUUCCUCACUGCUCUCAUCGUCAUAGUAAGCAGGUUGACCGGGGACGAGGAUAUUGCCCUGGGAACAAGCUCUGAGAAUGAUGGCCGGCCAUUCGUAUUACGGAUACCCAUCAACCACAGCGAAACUUUCUCCCAAUUGCUCGACAGGGUAACCAAGAUAUAUGAAGAGAGUGCUUCGGAUAUAGUUCCCCUGAGAAGUCUGCGAACUUAUAUCAGAAACGCUUCCAAGCUUGAGCAGGAACCAGUGCUCUUCCGAUUUGCUGCCUACGAUGCCCCUGCUGCAUCCCAGGAAUACCCUGCAAACACCUUCGAGACCACGGAUCUACUCUUGAAUAUUGCCUGUACCGACUUUGAAGUCGGUGGCUACUACAACCAGCGUCUUUUCUCCAGUGUCAGAAUAGCCACAAUACUGGCACAGAUUGUUCGUCUGGUCUACAAUGCAUCGCUUAACCCAGACGAGACCAUUGGAAGGAUUGAGUUCCUCACAGAGUCACAAAAAGCCCUCUUACCAGAUCCAACAAGCGACCUGCACUGGUCUGACUUUCGAGGAGCAAUCCAUGACAUCUUUUCCCGCAAUGCCGAGGCUCAUCCUGAGAAGCUUUGCGUUGUCGAGACCAAAUCUCGAUAUAACCCGCAUCGGGAAUUCACAUACCGACAAAUCCACGAAGCUUCCAAUAUCCUUGCGCACCACCUUGUUCAAUCUGGUGUGGAGAGAGGCGAAGUGGUUAUGGUGUAUGCUCAUCGGGGUGUAGAUCUUGUCAUUGCGGUCAUGGGUAUCUUGAAGGCUGGUGCGACUUUCUCUGUCAUUGACCCAGCCUACCCCCCUGAGAGACAGAUCAUUUAUCUCGACGUUGCCAGGCCUCGAGCCUUGAUAAACAUUGAAAAAGCGACUCAAGACGCCGGAGAGCUGGCUGAAUCUGUUCGCGCUUUUAUCGACCAGAACUUGGAACUUAGGACGGAAGUGCCAGCUCUCGUUUUACAUGAUGACGGCACCCUCGAUGGAGGCGUAGUUAACGGUGUUUCUGUUUUGGAAAAGCAGACUUCCCUGAAGUCAACUCCUGUUGGUGUCGUCGUCGGGCCUGACUCCGCUCCCACCCUUUCCUUUACAUCCGGAUCCGAAGGCCGUCCAAAGGGUGUCAAAGGAAGACAUUUCUCUCUCGCCUACUACUUCCCAUGGAUGUCAAAGACAUUUAAACUCACACCAGACGACCGCUUUACCCUUCUCAGCGGUAUUGCACAUGAUCCAGUACAACGUGAUAUCUUCACGCCUCUAUUCCUUGGUGCCCAGCUCCUGGUUCCCUCUCGGGAAGAUAUCCAGAAUGAACGUCUGGCUGAAUGGAUGCGUGAAUACAAGGCAACAGUUACCCAUUUAACCCCUGCUAUGGGCCAGAUUCUCGUUGGUGGAGCUACUGCUCAAUUUCCAUCAUUGCAUCAUGCAUUCUUUGUCGGGGACAUUUUAAUUAAACGAGAUUGUCGAUCUCUUCAGGGUCUGGCGCCAAACGUUAACAUCGUGAACAUGUAUGGUACCACUGAGACUCAGCGGGCCGUUAGUUAUUUUGAAAUUCCUUCCGCGGCAGAGCAGGUAGGAUAUCUCGAUACCGUGAAAGAUGUCAUUCCAGCAGGAAAAGGGAUGGUAGACGUCCAAUUGCUUGUCGUCAACCGAUUUGAUCGAACCAAAUUAUGCGCUAUCGGAGAAAUCGGAGAGAUAUACGUACGAGCUGGUGGGCUGGCAGAAGGGUAUCUAGGCUCCCCCGAAUUGAAUGAAAAGAAAUUCAUCCCGAACUGGUUCGUUGACCCUCAAAUCUGGGAAGAGAAAGAAAAAGAACGUGCCUCCUCAUCUAAUGAGCCCUGGAGGAAAUUCUACUUGGGUCCAAGAGAUCGUAUGUACCGUAGUGGUGACCUGGGUAGGUAUACUCCUUCUGGUGAUGUUGAAUGCUCUGGAAGAGCCGACGAUCAGGUUAAAAUUCGCGGGUUCCGAAUUGAGCUGGGAGAAAUUGACACACAUCUAUCUCGCCAUCCUCUUGUUCGAGAAAACAUAACACUGGUUAGACGAGACAAGUUUGAGGAACCCACCCUUGUCAGCUACAUAGUUCCCCAGAUGGGUAAAUGGUCAUCAUGGCUAGAACAGAAAGGCUUAAAGGACGAUACUUCAGCUGAAGGAAUGGUCGGGAUGCUGACUCGCUUCCGACCCCUUCGUGAUGAUGCGAGGGAAUAUCUUCGAGGAAAGCUCGCAUCUUACGCAGUUCCAACUGUCAUUAUCCCACUCCGAAGAAUGCCAUUGAAUCCGAAUGGUAAAAUCGACAAACCAGCCCUCCCAUUCCCGGACACUGCUGAGCUCAGUGCGGCUGCUCCUCGUCGUCGUUCUUCAGUUCUCCAGGAACUUUCAGAUACUGAGCAAGAGGUAGCAAAGACAUGGGCAAAACUCCUUCCAAAUAUCACCGCAAGAAUGAUCGGGCCAAAUGACUCGUUCUUUGACCUCGGUGGACACAGCAUUCUUGCGCAGCAGAUGUUCUUCGAGCUCAGGAAGAAAUGGAGAAGUGUCGAUAUCAGCAUGAGUGCUAUCUUCCGUAACCCAACUCUCAGGGGUUUCUGUAAUGAAAUCUCGCGUAUUCAAGAUAACCACUCUUUGACAGACGGUAGUCAAAACCAGGGUGCAGAAGCAACGCAAGUUGAGAAGGCUGUUUCUGACGAAUAUUCAAGGGAUGCAAAGGAACUGGUUGCUAAACUCCCUACCCAAUUCGCUGCUUCGGCUGAGUCUGCUUUGAAUGAAGGGUCAACAGUAUUUUUAACUGGCGCCACCGGUUUCCUUGGAGCAUAUAUCCUUCGUGACCUACUUUCGAGAUCCAAGCCAUCUCUCAAGGUUAUCUGCCUCGUCCGUGCCAAAACCCCCCAGUUGGCUCUUGAGCGGAUCCAAUCAACCUGCAGGGCUUAUGGAUUCUGGUCAGACUCGUGGGUUAGCCAGCUUGAGUGCGUUCAGGGAAACCUAGGUGACGAAAACCUUGGGCUCUCUACAGAGUUUUUCAAUGACAUCGCAGCCCGAGUAGAUGUGGUCAUCCACAAUGGUGCACUUGUUCAUUGGGUCUACCCUUAUUCUAACCUGAGAGGCCCGAAUGUCCUGGGUACAAUCGACACUCUACAAUUAUGUGCAACUGGAAAGCCAAAGCAAUAUGCCUUCAUCAGCUCUACCAGUGUGCUUGAUACCGAUCACUACGUGCAAGAGUCUGAGAGGAUUAUUGCUGAAGGUGGGUCGGGUAUCAGUGAGUCUGAUGACCUUGCUGGAAGUAGUGAGGGACUCGGCACUGGGUAUGGACAAAGUAAAUGGGCAGGAGAAUUCCUUGUCAGAGAGGCUGGUAGGAGAGGUCUACGAGGUGCAAUCGUUCGCCCAGGCUAUGUAACCGGGGACUCCACAUCGGGAAAUACGAAUACCGAUGAUUUCUUGAUCCGAAUGAUUAAGGGAUGCAUCCAGCUCUCAUCACGGCCAAAUAUUCACAAUACCAUAAACAUGGUCCCUGUGGACCACGUAGCACGGGUAGUCGUCGCAUCAGCUUUCCAUCCUCCAAAGCCGGAGCUCUCCGUCACACAUGUAACCAGCCAUCCACGUCUCCGAUUCAACCAGUUCCUCGGUACUCUACAAACGUACGGUUAUGAUGUUCCACAAGUUGAUUACGUGCCGUGGUCUAGCUCGCUAGAGCAAUAUGUGAAUGAUUCUCAGAAUUCUGUUUCUCAGCACGCAUUCAGUCACUUUAUCAGGAUGCCCCUAUACCACUUUGUCACUGCGGAUCUGCCAUCAAACACAAGAGCGCCAGAGCUUGACGAUACCAAUGCGUCCACGUCACUCAAAUCAGAUGCGAAAUGGUCUGGAGUUGAUGUAUCUGCCGGUAGUGGUGUGACUGAGGAACUAAUGGGCCUUUAUCUCGCAUAUCUUGUCGCAAUUGGAUUCCUUUCGUCACCUCCUGCAGCUUCGGCCAAACCACUUCCCGUUGUUAACCUCUCGGAUACACAAAAAGCUGCUCUUGCCGGCGUGGGUGGUCGCGGUGGCUCUUCUUAG